GAGCAGCUUCGGCGAUAAAAUCAGCAAGGACCAGGCUUACGUCUGAUCGUCUCCGACCUCCGAGACAGAAAGACUGAAGAAGAGAGCUGGAAGAAAAUGGCAGCUCGCCCGAUGCUUCGAACUUUCAGGGGCCGCUCAAUCACUUCCCGUAUAGCCUCGUUGAAUCACAGAUUCCUUAGCACAUUGGUGUUAGCUGAACAUGAGGGUGGUUCUAUCAAGGCCCCAUCUGUUAGUGCAGUUGAGGCUGCAAAAUCUCUAGGCAAGGACAAUUCUGUCUCUGUGCUACUUGCUGGAUCAGGUCUUUCUCUUCAGAAAGCUGCUGAACAUGCUGCCUCUUGCCACCCUUCCAUCUCUCAGGUGCUUAUGGCUGAUUCAGAUAAACUUGUGCAUCCUCUAGCAGAACCAUGGGCAAGAUUAGUCCAUUUAGUCCAGCAGAAAGGCAGCUACUCUCAUAUUAUAGCUACUUCAAGUUCUUUUGGCAAAAACAUAUUACCACGUGCAGCUGCCCUUCUGGAUGUUUCUCCAAUUACAGAUGUUAUUGAAAUUUCCAGGUCUCAUCAAUUUGUGAGGCCAAUUUAUGCUGGGAAUGCUCUUUGUACUGUUCAGUAUACUGGAUCCAACCCUUGUAUGUUGACAAUUAGGUCCACAUCUUUUCCAGUGGCCACAAUAGCGGAUAGUUCGAGAUCCAAUGCAGCAACAAUUUCACAGGUUGACCUCUCAACCUUUGGUGAAGGUGCAACCAGCAAAUCUAAAUAUAUAACACAAACCUCUCAGAACACAGAACGGCCAGACCUGGGAAAUGCACGCAUAGUGAUUACUGGAGGUCGAGGGUUGAAAAGUGCAGAUAAUUUCAAAAUGGUUGAGAAGCUUGCAGAGAAACUUGGUGCUGCAGUUGGGGCCACUCGUGCAGCUGUUGAUGCAGGAUAUGUUCCUAAUGACCUUCAGGUUGGCCAAACUGGAAAAAUUGUUGCCCCAGAAUUAUAUAUGGCGUUUGGUGUUUCUGGAGCCAUUCAACAUUUGGCAGGCAUGAGAGAUUCUAAGGUUAUUGUUGCUGUUAACAGAGAUGCAGAUGCUCCUAUAUUCCAGGUAGCUGAUUACGGACUUGUUGGUGAUCUGUUUGAGGUGAUCCCGGAGUUGUUAGAGAAGCUCCCUGAUAAAAAGUAGAUCUGUGAUUCACACACCACCUCCCUUAAUCCAGUUCCUAAUUAGCUAGACGCUCCAAGUUAUCGCCCUGAAUCCGAAUCUGAAUCCUGAGUUGCCCUGGAGUUUGAAGAGAAAGAGGUUAAUUUGCAGUGUCUUCUGGGGGGAGAGCCAUGCUUUCAUCUGUUCAACAACCAUGCUAAACUCUGCCGGGUGAAUUCCAGUCAUUUGAUCCACACGGAUAUAUAGCUCAAUUCAUGUAGACAGGAUAGGACCCUAUUGGCAAUUUGGCAAAGACUACAUUUGAAGGCAGUGACUGCUUGACUUAGGUUGUAAUCUCUUCAGAUGCCUCCAGUUGGUAUUUUAGGAUUUGUUUCUGCGACUUGGCUUUUCUCAUGUCAUGAACACACAAUGGGAACUAUUUACAAAAUUACAAAAAUAGAGCUACCUAAUAAUUAACCACAUCAAUCAUUGACAA